ACGGAGGUUUCAGUGAGCCAGGCAACAGAGCAAGACUCUGUCUCAAACAAACAAACAAACAAACAAAAUCCAUCCUUUAUCAUCUCUUACUCCCUCCUCUCUGUCCCCACGUCCCUGGCCCCAGCUCAGGCCUGACCCUCUCCUGCCCAACCUGCCCGUGGCCUCCAGUCUGUCCCUGCCUUCAGUCGCCACUGAUCCUGGAGAGUCUUUCUACACCUGGAGAUGGGCCUGCCUGUCCUGUCUCUUGCUCAAAGCCACCUCUGGCUCCCGGACAUCCUGAGAGGCCCAGCCCCUCAGACUGAUCAUUAUGGUAUUUAUUCAUCUCCCUCUAUCAUUCAGAACAAGGACCCACCAGCUCUUUCAUACCAAAGCCAUGUUGGAGACCCUGAGAUGACUCAGACUCAAGUGCCAGCCUGAGGGUGGCAAGGGAAACACACACACACAAGCCUUUUCCUCCCAUGCCCUGCCUGCCCAGGCCCCAGAUAGGGAACAGAGGUGCAGCUUGUUCAGAGGCAGGGCCCAGAGACAAGUGGUGGCAGGCAGAAGAGCCUUCCUGGGCAGGGGAAGAGCUGGAGGAAAGGUUGGCCCCAGACUCCCGGCUGAACCCUCAUCGCAGCCUCCUGGGCACCGGCAACUAUGACGUCAACGUGAUCAUGGCCGCUCUGCAGGGACUGGGCCUGGCCGCCGUGUGGUGGGACAGGAGGAGGCCCCUGUCCCAGCUGGCCCUGCCCCAGGUGCUGGGACUAAUCCUGAACCUGCCCUCGCCCGUGUCUCUGGGGCUGCUGUCGCUGCCGCUGCGCCGGCGGCACUGGGUGGCCCUGCGCCAGGUGGACGGCAUCUACUACAACCUGGACUCCAAGCUGCGGGCGCCCGAGGCCCUGGGGGACGAGGACGGAGUCAGGGCCUUCCUGGCGACUGCGCUGGCCCAGGGCCUGUGUGAGGUGCUGCUGGUGGUGACCAAGGAGGUGGAGGAGAAGGGCUGCUGGCUUCGGACAGACUGAUCUCAGCUGACCGUCGGCGCCCACAGCACAGUCCCUGCGCGUCCCCCUCUGACUGCGCACACUGCGUGCCUGGGAAAGGCCUGGGGAGGCCCGGCCCCCUCCCCACACCCCUGCUCCCCACUGCCGCUGCUGCCUCAAUAAACCUGAUUUUCUGCCGCC